CGGAGAGUGCAGAGGAGUCGCUCAGACUCACUCACUCACACACUCACACACUCACACGCAACACACACUUGGAGGGAAAAGACGCACCAGAAGACGCACGAAGUGAAGAGAAGAGAGAAGAGGAAGGAGGACGAGAGGACGAGGAUCCGGACCAGGAAGGACCAAAGGGACAACCCAGCAGGCAUGGCGGCGGUGUUGCCACGGACGCUGGGGGAGCUGCAGCUCUACCGGAUCCUGCAGCGGGCCAACCUGCUCUACUACUACGAAGCCUUCAUCCAGCAGGGCGGCGACGACGUGCAGCAGCUGUGCGAGGCCGGCGAGGAGGAGUUCCUGGAGAUCAUGGCGCUAGUGGGCAUGGCCAGCAAGCCCCUGCACGUGCGGCGCCUGCAGAAGGCGCUGCGCGACUGGGUCACCAACCCGGCCAUCUUCAACCAGCCGCUCACAUCGCUGCCCGUGUGCAGCAUCCCCGUCUACAAGCUGCCCGAGGGCUCGCCCACGCUGCUGGACCGGGCCCAGGACCGCGCCGGCACCGCCAGCGCCAAGGCCAAGGCCGUGGCCGCUGCCUGCUCCGACCCGGGCAAGCUGGACGUGGCCAGGGACAAGGUGUCGGCCGGGUCGCCCCUGCAGGGAGGCAGCGAGGCCCGCUUCUGGUCGGGCCACAGCAACGACAGCGAGCACAGCCUGUCGCCGUCCGACCUGGGCUCGCCGUCCUCGCCGCGCGACGCGCUGGAGGCUCUGGACGCCGCCGCCGUCCAGUCCGUGCUGGAGUGCGUGGACAGGAUGGCGCCCGGGCUCCCCAAGACGGACCCGGCGGAGGUCCGAGAGCAGCUGAAGACCAACAAGAAGCUGGCCAAGAUGAUUGGACACAUCUUCGAGAUGAGCGACGACGACCCGCGCAGGGAGGACGAGGUCCGCAAGUACAGCGCCAUCUACGGGCGGUUCGACUCCAAGAGGAGGGACGGCAAGCACCUGACGCUGCACGAGCUGACGGUGAACGAGGCGGCGGCGCAGCUCUGCAUGAGGGACAUGGCGCUGCUGACGCGCAGAGACGAGCUGUUCGGCCUGGCCCGGCAGAUCUCCAGAGAGGUCACCUACAAGUACACCUACCGCACCAGCAAGUCUCGCUGUGGGGACAGAGACGAACCGUCUCCUAAACGGAUUAAAACAGAGGAGAACUUCUUCGACAUCCAGGAGGCGCUGCAGGCCAUCCACAUGAGGCAGGAGAUGCUCCGGGAGCAGCUGGCCUGCGCCAAGUCCAAGGGGGAGGAGACGGUGGGCCGCAGCCUGCAGAUGCAGCUGGAGCGUCUGCUGGCGAGGCAGAUGGAGAUCUUGCAGGAUGCCGCCGUGCAGGAGCGACUCCAGGCUCUGGACUGGAGGAUCCCCCCCGCCGCGCUCAAGUACCUCAACGACGCCCAGAACACCAACGGCGCCGACGCCGGCAGGGACGAUGAACGGCCGAUCAACCUGCGGGUGGUGAGUCAGAACAUGCAGGAAGGAGACCUCCCACUGGGCAAGCAGCUGGCCAAUGAGCUGAAGCGCCACCACACCCACAAUCACAACAACCACAACAACAACAACAACAACAACAACAACAACAACAACAACACAGAUGAGACCAAAACACCAGCAACAGAAAAUGGGACGUCACAGCGAUCGACCAGCAACGCAGAAAAGAAGACCAUCAAAUCAGAGCCUGAAGACUCCACAUAGUGCCUCCUCCCUCACCACGGACCCCCGUCUUCACUCUACUCACUCUUGACAGUAUGCAGUUCUUACCCGUCUAUAGAUACUAAGCAAGCACAGCCACAGUAGAGCCUUAACAACCGACGUUGCCUCAUGAAUAGCAUUUAUUUUUCUUUGACUUUAUCUUUUUUUCUUUUUUUCUUUUUGAAAAGUAUUUGCCAAAGCACCUGGCGAGCUGGCCGAGAGAACCUCAGUGCUCUGCAGGUCUUUGUGUUGACCACGUGUACAUGUAGUUUAGGAGUGAGACAUCUGUAAACUCUUUACCUCUGCCUGGAGUCGCUUUCGUUGCUUUCCGUGGACAGCCAGGGGUCGGGCUGCACUGCCGGGGCUGAAUCUCAACUCCGGUCUGGGUUUAGAAGCGGAAACGUCGGCUUUGCUCCUGGCGACACUUCAGACGGUUUCAGCAUAAGUUAUAAUUCAAGGUCUUGUUAUAUUUUUUGUACUUCGCUCCGUGUCUAAGGAAACCAAACAGCUUCAGCUUUUGCCCACGCUACUCCACCACCAGAUUCCAUGGAUCUAUCCCUGUUUGUGUCUAAUCUGGCUGUUUUUACUCCCCCACCACCUGCAAGAUCUCCUGGUCUCCAGGUUGAACAUCUCCGACCUCCAUGCAUGUCAAUUUCAACAUUUAACACCGUCCAUAGAAUAUUUGCUAAACCACACCCACUCAGGGAGUCUGCAGCAUCUCAAAGCACCAUCAUCUUCUCCUCCUCCGGGUGGAGGAUCUGGGGUGGAGCCACGCUGGCGUUGCUUUAGCGUUUGGUUUCAGGAGUUGAGCUGUCCGUGGUGCUGUUUCCUUCAUGGACCCAGUCACAAAUACCUUCACAAGUAGAAGAAAAGGCAGCGCUUGAUUCUUUUCUAGGUCAUGAGGUCAAGUGUUGACGUACCCAACGGUCUCCCAUCAGCCUCAGCUCUUCUUUGUGCUUAGUGACAGUUGGGACGACGAGGCACGGAUGAAUAUUCUCGCUGUGAGGAUGUUACGAUGCUGCUGGUGGCGUUUAGUCUGAAAGCUAAAGGUCAGCGUCACCGAAGCAGAUGGUGAAUUAUGUAGACAUCCAUAAUGGAUUUUUAAUGUUCCUGUAAUGUCUUCUGACUUUCAGAAGAAGCUGCAUCAACUCCACGGGGAGGGAACUUUACAUCCAGCCACUUAGCAGUAAGAACUGAGAGUGUGAUGUGGAGAGAGUUCAGGUGCAGCCCCUGCAGCAGGUUAUUUUCAGAGUCGGUGUUUUCGCUUCAAAGGGACAAACAGAACAGGCGGGAGCGGUCGCCCCUUCCACGCUCUUGUCUCGUGUAUAUUUAUGGGAGGUAAUUUGCGACGAGGAUGUACAGGAUUUGUUGUGGAGUAGCAGCGGGACCUCCGGCGUCGGUCCCGGCAGAACGGCCGGGCCGGCGGGCCGGAGGCCGAGCUAAUUGCUUCAUUUCACUUUGUAAUUUAGCAAAACACUGCUGUUGGAGCAGAACCCCGCAUCUGCAGUCGGGGAGCGUUUCAGGGAUAAAGACGCUUGCGUGUUUUUCAGAAAAGGUGGAAGCGAGCUCCCUGAAGCCCCGGCGACGCGUGGAAGCUUGCAGGUUUGUGUGUUCGGUUCCUGCUGCGGAGACGUGACGGAGCAGCGGCCUGUAAAUAACAACAUAGCCUAAUCUGUCCAGCAGGGUUUUCUUUGUCCAGUGUAACUUUGCUGUAAUUUUUGGUGUCAAUAGUGUUUAUGUAUGUAGAGACAAAAACUUUUAAGUGUCACCGAGGAAAAGAAAAAUACGACUGUGUGAAUUUGUCGAGUAUAUAAAAACCUGCUUUUAGCCUUUAGCUCUUAAUCGUGUUUAAUCCACCUGUGAUGGCCGUCAGUGCAGAUUUCAGACGUGUUCUUGCUGUGUAGAGGUAGAAACAUGACCGCUGAGUGUUUGUACGUGUUCUCCGCAUCGUGUAAAUACAUCUGUUUGCUCCAGAACCCCCCCCCCUCCGCUUCCUGAACAUAGUUUAGCCUCACUCAGAGACCAAUGCAAUAUUUAUGUGAGUAAUAAGUCCGUUUGCAGACUAAAUGCAUCGUUUUUGUCACGUGCUUGGUAACUGUACGUCCGUCAACUGGGGGUGCGGGGGGGUCACCUGCAGCUCGUUGGGAAACAUUCCCUCACUUUUUGUGCACAGAGCAGUGUAACUGUAUGUAAAGACUGUUGGAGGUCGGACCGGCGGACCUGGAGGUCUGGUGGUGAACAGUUCUGACCCGAUGGGCUCAAACACGCAUGUCGUCACCCUCACUGUUUAUUGUAAAGUGAUAGAUUAGGCUUCACCCAGUUAUGCACCAGUUUUUUUUAAACACUAAUAUAUUUUAUUUGUUAUACAGCACAUAAACAUUAAACUUUAUUUUUUGAACUCUA